UCGCGAGUCGUUUGUGCGAGCAAAGAGGCUGGAUGAUUACCCGCGAAGCCCUCGCUAUGAGGCCGAUCGUGGUAGAGGCGACUCCCGCGGCCGAUGGGAGACAGAUCAGGGCCGACGAGAUGGAUAUAGAGACGACAGAUACGGGAGAUCAGACCGAGAUGGAUAAAGGAAUGACAGAUACGAGAGAUCAAACCGAGAUGGAUAUAGGGACGGAAGAUACGAGAGAUCGGACCGAGACGGAUAUAGGGACGAUAGAUACGAGAGGUCGGGUCGAGAUGGCUACAGAGGUGGUAGGUAUGAAAGAGGAGAUCAGGAUUGGGAACGACGAGAUGGGUCGCGCGGACCGUUUGAGCGUAGGGGAGAUGCGAGAGAGCAGCGCGACGAGUCGCGGGGGUGGUACAACCGAGGGGAUCGACAAGAUGAGUCACGAGGGCGAUAUGACUCGGGGGACCGCCGGAAUGAUUCGCGAGGGCGGUUUGAGCAAGGAGGGUCUGGAGGAGACCGCCGCAACGAUUCGCGCGGUCGGAAUGAGAGAGGGGGAUAUGGCGUCUCAUAAGAACCAUAUCCGAAGAGAAGGAAGAAGUUAUCACUUUCCUGAAGAAAAGAUGGUUUCCCAUGUUGCGGAGCUGUCUGAUAGCGCUUAUGCUAAUCGAUGGUUCUUCCUACGAAAGCCGAAUGGCAAGAUCCGAUGGAUCCAGGACCUUCAGAAGGUCAACGCGGUGACGAUACGAGACGUGGGCUCCGUGCCACGCGCCGAUUUACUGGCAGAAGGCGCCGCAGGUAGGUCGAUUUAUUCCGUCCGUGAUCUGCUCUCAGGCUAUGAUGAGGUACCACUUGACCCUAGAGACAGGCACCUCACGGCUAUGCAUACGCCAUUGGGACUAAUACAGAUGAUGGUUGUCCCUAUGGGUUGGACUAAUGGGGUAGCCGUUUUUCAGAGAGCCAUGGUAGCCGUCCUCAAGGACUUCAUCCCUUAUAAGGUUGAAGUUUUUCUGGAAGACUUUCCUAUAAAAGGGCCAGUGGACAAGGAUGAGACAGAGGUUAUACCUGGAGUUAGAAGAUUCGUCGAGCAGCACCUAACAGAUAUUUGCGCGGUACUCGAGCAGCUGGACGAUGCGAAUUUAACAGUCAGCGAAACAAAGAGCCGAUGGGCCGUCUCGACUAUUAAGAUCUUGGGCUUUAUAUGUGAUUCGAGACGACGCCGAGCAGAUCCGACGAAGUUAGACAAACUUCUGAACUGGCCCUCACCGUUACAUAGCCCAACCGAAGUCCGACAGUUUCUAGGAGUGGUCGGUUAUUGGCGUAUAUUCAUACGGGGGUAUGCGGAGAAGGUUGAGCGAUUGAGGUUACUCCUUCGAAAGACUGAAAACUUCUAUUGGAAUUCUUCGCAGCAACUUGCUAUGCACGAACUUAAAGACGAAUUUAAGGAAGGAGGACGCGUGUUGGGUGUGCCAUUCCUUGACAAUGAGACCGAAAGACCCUUCAUAGUGUCCACGGAUGCUGGACCAUGUUCAGUGGGUGGUUUGCUGUCUCAGAAGGACGCUGGAGGGAAGGAAAGACCGUUAAGAUUUGAGAGUAUGACACUUAAUACGGCUGAGCGUAACUACAGUCAAUUCAAGAAGGAAGUGUUAGCUGUUCUCCGGUGUCUAAACACGUUCAGACACUAUAUCUAUGGGCGACGGUUCAUCUUGAGAGUAGACCCCACCGCGGUUGCCUCUGUCCUCCAGAAGGACUUUAGUCCGACGGACCUGACCAUCGCCCGAUGGAAAGUUAAAGGAACCUACGAAAAGAUACGCCGGCUGUACUGGUGGGAAGGACAGUAUAAGGACGUCGAGAGGUACUGUAUGACAUACGAAGAGUGCCAGAAGAGAGCUCUUGUGAAAUACAAAGAGCCACUUCAUCCAUCCUAUCCGACCAGAUCAGGAGAGAAGGUACUCAUCGAUCUAGUGAAAAUGCCGAGAGGGGUAGGCAAUAUGAAUUACGUCGUGAACAUACGAGACGAUUUCACUGGAUUCGUGGACAGUAGACCUAUCAGGAGUAAGGCGGCAAAGGAAGUAAAGAACUUUGUCCUAGAGUACUUAUCUAGGUAUGGUUGUGUCAACAAGAUAGUGAUGGACAGAGGGGCGGAAUUCCUAGCCGACGAGGUUCAGAGCGUGUUUAGGAGAGCCGGUGCGAGAGUUUCGAUAGCCACCGCCUAUCACCCACAGUCGAAAUCCCCAGUAGAGAGGGGACACCAGACUCUGAUAGCGUCACUGUCCAAGUGGUGCAAGGGUAAGGACAGUGAUUGGCCACGAUAUUUUCGAUACGCGAUAUGGGCAGACAACGUCACGGUCGGGGCUAGUACCGGAUACCCACCGUACACCUUGUGGUUUGGACGACAUUGUCCGCUUUCCAUAGAAUUUCACGUCGAGAGCUGGACAACCAUCGACUGGGCAGAAGAGAUGUCCAGAGAGGAACUCUUAGCUGCCCGAACGAGACAAAUAGCCUACGGUUUGGAAGACGACCUGAUGACAGCGGCAGAUCGUCUGGUAGUGGAAAGGGAGAAGGGUAAAGAGAGAUGGGAUAAUAACGUGCGAAUCAGGAAAGAGAGGGUUCCGAAAGAGAAAGAGGAGGAUGACGAUGAAGAGGUUGAGAGGCUUCGGCAAGAGGAAGAUCGGCAAACGCAGUUAAGGGCCAGGAAGAGAGGGGUUCAGGAGGAAGCCAAGCCGAACCAGCGGGACAGUGUACCAAAAAGGAAGAAAUACGUGGUUCGACUAGAAAAGGGCUUUGACGUGAAAAGAAUGGUGGACAAGCUUCUAGAAGGUCAUGACCUUAUGAACCUAAAGGAUAUUCUGGCAUCUGCCCCAAGGCUCCGAGAUAGCUUGAGGGGACGACUCUCGCGGAGGUUAGUGCCCAACGUCCAUCUGAGUAUGAUCCUGCCAAGAGAAGUAGAGUGGACGGAAGCAGGAACGAGGAUGGACAAAAAAUGUGUGGUGCGUGGUUUGGUGGACUUGGUGGUGAGGGACCAGAAGUGUGUUGCGAUGGUGGACACGGGCGCCGAGAUGAAUAUCAUCCGGGAAAGGGAUGCGAUUAUGUUGGGAUUGGAGGUCGACCGCUCGGACCACGGGGUACUGCAUGGUGCUAAUUGCAAGGUGGUCUUUUGCGGCACGACAUCCAAUAUGAUUGUGGAGAUUGGCAGAGUGCGGGCGAGGGCUUGCUUUUUUAUCAUGCCAGACGUCGAUCAUCCUAUACUCUUGGGGAGAUCGUUCCUGUGCAGGAAAAAGACUCUGAUUUUCAAUAACCAUGACGGGGCCAUGAUCCUGCUGAUAAGUGAUCUGGCCAGUGGAAAUUAUGAGGUCAUCGCCUGCCGGAAUACAGGGCAAGGGAGUGGAAGGAAUAAGCCUAACCUCGGCUCGUUCACUUAUGAGGAAUCUGAGAACGAGUGGCAAAGGCUCUGGGAAGCGCCUGAGGAGGAAAGAGGGGCCGAAAUGAUGUCACUGAGCCUCACUGUUGUGAAUAAAGUCAUGGAAGUGGUGGCAACACAUGAUAUGUUGGACCCGGCGGGGAAUAAGGCAUUCAAGGACCAAGUUUUGGAAGACCCUCAGACAGGGGAGGUGAAAUUGAGUUAUUAGCUUCCCGGGUGGAGAGGAGGCUCUGAGAUGGCUCAGACACAAACAACAAGCCGACCUUUUUUAGGGGACCACUUAAGCACGGCUCCCAAAGG